AUGACUUUAUCAAAUUUAUUUCGUAAUUUGAAUAACUUAAUCAAAUCUAACUCAUUAUCACAAAAUUUUAGAAAAUAUUCAUCUAAAGAUUCUAAGAAAUUAUUAACAACGUUAAGCGCACAUCACACUUCAGCAAAAGAAGCUAUUGAUUCUCUUAUUUGUUCCUCAACUAAAGAAUAUGAUAUUUGUUUAGUAUUCGCAUCAAGAACUUAUGAACCAAAAGAUAUUGAAAUUAUACCUCAAUAUCUUCAUUCAAAAUUGAAACCAAAAUUUUUAGGUGGAUGUGUUGUUGACAAAAUUUACGGUAACAAUAAUAAUAAUGGUCAUGGUAUUUCAUUAUUAUUGGGAAAUCGGAAGAAAAAUGAUACAAGAUUUGAUGGAUUUUCCAUAAAUAUCGAAGGAUCAAAACGUCAUCAAUAUAAAUCAAAUUCUGUCGGUAGAUGGAAAAAUCUUGACGAUUUUAAAGAUAAAAAUGGCGAAUUUUCCAAUUUAUUUGAUAUUAAAAAGUUCCAAUCAAUUUCAAGUGUUCCUAAUGAAUUUGAUUUACCUGAGGAACUGAAUAGGCUAAAAAAUAACAAUAUAAGUCCGGACUUGAUUCUCUUGGCUUCUGAUUCUGAGCCGUAUCAAUUCUUGGAAUCUUUAGAUCAUCAUUUUCCUACAACUAAAAAGAUUGGGAUUAUUGGGACAUCAACACCUUUCUUAACGGGUCGACCUUUUAGUUUAUUUCAUAAUAAUAGUGUUUUAUCUAGAGGUAUUAUAGGGGUAGCAAUUACAGACAAAUCAUUCAAAAAUCAACUUCAAGUCGAUCAUCCAUCAUUAAAUGCAGUUGGAGAUCCAUUGAGAAUCACAAGUUGUCGUGGAAAUAUAAUUUUAGAACUUGAUGGAACAAAUCCUACCAGAUUACUUCUAAAUAGGUUACAAUCUGGUGAUGACAAGAGAAUUUUAUCCAAAGAAACCGAAUUUUAUCUCGGAUUAUAUGAUCAUAAUGAUAAGGAUAAUCAACUUAAUGAAUCUAAUUUAAUGAUUAACAAAAUAUCAAGUGGAGAUCCUGUGAGAGGAAAUAUGGCUGUUGAUACUACAAUGGAUCUUAAGGAAGGACAAUUUGUGAAGUUUUUUUAUAGGAAGAAAGAAUUUGACGCGACAUUAUUAAAAAAUCAAUUAGAAGAUGAUGUUGAAAUAAAAAUCGCAAUGUCAACCUUAGAUCGGGAUAACUUAGACCCGAUAGCUAUCAGUAAUUUGUUAAAGAAUAAUAAUAAGAAUAUUUUUGGGGCUAUUGGUGAGAAUGGUAUUAUAAUUGGUAAAGGUAAAAAUGUAAAUAAUGGAAUCACAUGGGUUUGUGAUAUACCAUAUUCAACUGCUUUACUUUCCAAAUAUACCAAUAUUCCUGUUCUUGAAAGAAAUAGAAAAAUCAUAAUUGAUACUGAUACUUUAACACAACAUUUAGAACUUGUUCCUAAUGAAAUCAAAAUGCAAACAGCAAAUUGCCUGCAUUGCCCUUUUGACAUCUCCCCUAUUACUGGUACCAAUUGA